AGCGAGGGAAGCUCUGGGUGUCUAGGAGGAACUGCGGCAAGGUCGAAAACAGCAUCCUGCUUAGAACAACGGACAGACCAGAGGUGGACGGGAUUAAGUCCGGUGGCCGGGAGCGGGAGAGUAACCGGAGGACUUUUGGAUUUAGAUUUACUGCGGCGGAAGAAGAAGAAGGAGGAGCGUGGCUGAAAGUUUCCAGCCUGUAGCCUCAUGUUCCGAGACAGCUAACGAGCUAUCCUUCACCACUACCGCUCUCAGCACGUCGGGCUGCCAGCGCCUUUUCUGACCCCGACAGAGCAGCGUGGUCCUCCGCACAGCUAGUUUUGGAUUUGUCACCGCGCACCUUCCGGGCUUCUGCACUUCCUCCAGUGAGUUCUGCGGGCCAUAGCGUGGCUUUUCCCCACACGGUUCCACGUUCAUUUGUGUUUUUUUGUGCCAUGUCAGCGCCAUCCCCAACGCCUUCCGCCCCGGCGGAGAGCGCCGCGGCAGAAAAUGAUUUUCUAGCCCCUGAUGCGGGGCUGAAACCGCCCGGUCCGACGCCCAGCCAGAGCCGGUUCCAGGUGGACCUUGUGGCUGAGGCAGCGGGAGCCACAGAAGAUAAGUCACCGAGCUCCGACGCCUCCACCACCGUCCCAUCCAGCGACAAGGCGACUCCCACCGCUCCCUCAGAUGGCCCGGGUUCCGAUCCAGGGGCCGGCGGGGAAGAAGCCAAAGGCCGGUUUCGGGUGGUGAACUUCGCGGAUCCGAGCGGAGCGGGUAGCGCGGCCUCUCCGGAGGGGCCGGCAGAUGGGCUACAGAACGGGGACACGGUGAUGAGCGAGACCAGCUUGCAUUCAUCCACAGGGGGCCAGCAUCACUAUCACUAUGACACCCACACCAACACCUAUUACCUGAGGACUUUUGGCCACAACACCAUCGAUGCCGUGCCCAACAUCGAUUUCUACCGGCAGACGGCGGCCCCGCUGGGGGAGAAGCUCAUCAGACCCACCCUGUCGGAGCUGCACGACGAGCUGGACAAGGAACCGUUUGAGGAUGGGUUUGCCAAUGGUGAUGAGUUGACCCCGGCUGAGGAGACUGCUGCUAAAGAAUCAGCAGAGUCCAAAGGAGUGGUCAAGUUUGGCUGGGUCAAAGGUGUGCUGGUUCGAUGCAUGUUGAACAUUUGGGGUGUGAUGCUCUUCAUCCGCAUGUCAUGGAUCGUGGGUCAGUCUGGAAUUGCUCUCUCCUGUUUGAUCGUUGCAAUGGCUUCUGUAGUGACGACCAUCACCGGCCUCUCCACUUCCGCCAUCGCCACCAACGGAUUCGUACGAGGAGGUGGAGCAUAUUACUUGAUUUCGAGGAGUCUGGGCCCAGAGUUUGGAGGCUCUAUUGGUCUGAUCUUCGCCUUCGCCAAUGCAGUGGCUGUAGCCAUGUAUGUGGUGGGCUUUGCUGAAACAGUUGUGGAACUUCUUGCCGGUGUAGAUGCUGUUAUGACAGAUGAAAUCAAUGAUAUCCGAAUCAUUGGCACCAUCACAGUAAUCCUGCUCCUGGGCAUCUCUGUAGCCGGAAUGGAAUGGGAGGCCAAGGCUCAGAUCUUCUUGCUUGUUGUCCUCAUCACAGCCAUCAUCAACUACUUCAUCGGAACCUUCAUUUCUGUUGAGUCCAAGGAACCUUUUGGCUACUUUGGCUAUGAUGGUUCAAUCAUGUGGGAAAACAUGGGUCCGGACUUUCGAGGAGAAACGUUCUUCUCAGUCUUUGCCAUCUUCUUCCCUGCUGCCACUGGUAUUCUGGCCGGGGCCAACAUUUCAGGAGACCUCGCUGACCCACAGCAGGCCAUUCCAAGAGGAACCCUUCUGGCUAUUUUGAUCACAGGAAUAGUCUACCUGGGUGUUGCUGUUUCAACAGGCUCCUGUAUUGUGAGAGACGCCAGUGGACAUGUUAAUGACACAGUCAGCUCACAGUUCAAGGCCAACUGCACUGAUGCUGCAUGCAAUUUUGGCUAUGACUUCUCUACCUGCAAGAGUGAAAACAGCUGCCGCUAUGGACUCCACAAUGAUUUCCAGGUGAUGAGCCUGGUUUCUGGUUUUGGGCCCAUCAUCACUGCUGGAAUCUUCUCAGCCACUCUGUCCUCAGCUCUGGCCUCUUUAGUCAGUGCACCAAAGGUUUUCCAGGCUUUAUGUAAGGACAACAUUUACCCCGGCCUCGGCAUGUUUGCCAAAGGCUACGGCAAAAACAACGAGCCCCUCCGAGGCUACAUCCUGACAUUCGUUAUCGCUCUGGCCUUCAUCCUCAUCGCCCAGUUGAACGUAAUUGCCCCCAUCAUCUCCAACUUUUUCUUGGCGUCCUAUGCCUUGAUCAACUUUUCCGUGUUCCAUGCAUCACUGGCUAACUCACCAGGGUGGCGUCCCAGCUUCAAAUACUACAACAUGUGGGUUUCUCUCGCUGGAGCUAUACUGUGCUGUGUGGUGAUGUUUGUUAUCAACUGGUCGGCUGCACUGCUCACCAACGUCAUUGUCCUGGGGCUUUUUAUAUACGUCAGCUACAAGAAGCCAGAUGUGAACUGGGGCUCAUCAACCCAGGCUCUGACCUACCACCAGGCCCUGACCCACACUCUGCACCUCAGCGGCGUGGAGGAUCAUGUCAAGAACUUCAGACCCCAGUGUUUGGUGAUGACUGGGUACCCCAACUCUCGUCCGGCUCUCUUGGACCUGGUUCACAGUUUCACCAAGAAUGUAGGCCUGAUGAUGUGCGGUCAUGUUCGCACGGGCUACAGAAGGCCGAACUUCAAAGAUCUGGCCACAGACCAGGCCCGGUACCAGCGCUGGCUGCUAAAGAAUGAGAGCAAGGCCUUCUACACACCGGUGUUCGCCGAGGACAUGAGGCAGGGCACGCAGUACCUGCUCCAGGCUGCUGGCCUGGGUCGCCUAAAGCCAAACACACUGGUGCUGGGCUUCAAGAACGACUGGAGGGACGGCGACAUGAUGAACGUGGAGACUUACAUCAGUAUGAUCCACGAUGCCUUUGACUUCCAGUUUGGUGCUGUUAUUCUGCGUCUGAAAGAGGGACUGGAUGUGUCCCAUAUCCAAGGACAAGAUGACUUGCUAUCCUCCCAGGAGAAGUCCUCAGGGAUGAAAGAUGUGAUCGUGUCCAUAGACACCAGCAAAGACUCUGACGGGGAUUCAUCCAAGCCAUCCUCUAAGGCCACCAGCCUCCAGAACAGCCCUGCUAUACAGAAAGAUGACGACGAUGAUGGCAAAGCUACAACUCAGCCCCUGUUGAAAAAAGACAAGAAGAGCCCGACUGUACCGCUGAAUGUGUCUGACCAGAGGCUGCUGGAGGCCAGCCAGCAGUUCCAGAAGAAACAAGGGAAGGGCACAGUGGACGUCUGGUGGCUGUUUGAUGACGGAGGUCUGACCCUGCUGAUCCCCUACCUACUGACCAACAAGAAGAGAUGGAAGGACUGCAAGAUCCGCGUCUUCAUCGGAGGAAAGAUCAACAGGAUUGAUCACGACCGACGAGCGAUGGCCACUCUGCUGAGCAAGUUCAGGAUAGACUUCUCGGACAUCACCGUGCUGGGAGACAUAAACACCAAGCCCAAGAAGGAGCACGUGUCGGCCUUUGAGGAGUUGAUCGAGCCGUAUCGGCUGAAGGAAGAUGACAUGGAGCAGGAGGCAGCUGAGAGGCUGAAGAACAGCGAACCCUGGAGGAUCACUGACAAUGAGCUGGAGCUGUACCGCGCCAAGACUAAUCGUCAGAUCAGACUCAACGAACUGCUGAAGGAGCACUCGAGCACAGCCAACCUCAUCGUCAUGAGUCUGCCAUUGGCCAGGAAGGGCGCGGUGUCCAGCGCUCUGUACAUGGCCUGGCUGGAGGCGUUGUCUAAGGACCUGCCACCCAUCCUCCUGGUGCGUGGCAACCACCAGAGCGUCCUCACCUUCUACUCUUAAACACACACGCUUGAGAAGAAAAUCCAAGUUUUUAAGUCUCACAUCCACUUCUGCUUCUGGGAGCAGACCCACACACACAUCCCAGUUCCAGUCCAAACCUAAAGGUGCACCACAUACACUCCAGAGACGGUAGAAAACACAGCCACUGAUGGAAACAACACUGAGAAUAUAAAAAUGAUGAAGGAAGUGAUAUUGAGAUGUGUAAAAAGCCCUUCAAGUGAUGGAGGAUUGUCAGGGUUGAAGGUGGGUGGGGGGUGGUUGUAAGGGUUCCCACUCUGUUCCUUUCUUACUAUUUAUUCCAAGAUGUCUGGGUUUUUCCCUCGUAGCUCUAGUUUCUUCUAAUUUCCUCAUGAAAAUUUCAUUUUUGUCAAUUGAUUUCUCUCAGGCUCCAAAGCAGUCGUGCACAAUGUCCACAUUGUUCUCAUGAUAUGAAAUAUCUUGAUGUCAAACUUAGCGUUAAUUGGACCAGUUGUUGUGUUUGUGAUGCAGCAAUAAUCACCCUGUUGUUUUCCUUAAAUAUUGGGAGAGAACCAUGCAGAAUGCUUUGCAACACCUUCUGAAGCCUUAUGGAUGUGCCUUCCAGUUGAAUCAGAUAAAAUAAUUAUAAUCUCUAUCCAGAUUGACAAUAGUACCUAUUAUAUUGGUGGAUAAUAGUUUUUUUGAGUUUUAAAUGUGAUUCUUUCUUAGUUGGAGCAUUGUAUUUAUGCGAGUGGAUUGCAUGGAUUUAAUGAAGGGUGUCCACUUGAUUGCAUGAAGACUUUCUCUAAUUUCUCUCUUUUACCCUAAUCAACAUGUUUCUUUUGGGUUUUCAUUUUUUAUUCACUUUUAAGUCUUCCUUUUAAAGCUGUUGAAUAUUUACGAUAGCCUCAGCUACUCGACACAAGACACAAUUUAUCUUUUAGGCACGUUGCCUAAAAAAUGUUUAUAUGGGUCUUAAAUUUAAGAUCUUGUUGUUUGUCAGAAAAGAUGUGAACGUAGUUUUCCAUUAACCUAGUCAGGUGGAAAUCUCUCCCAUGUAGCCGCUGAUCCACUAAAUUAAGUAUUCCUUUCAACAACUGUUUGUGUCCACAUGUACGGUUCUUCCCCUGAAAAGAAACGGCUCUACCCAACAAGCUAGUUAAAACCUUGCCUUAAUGCUAGAACUAACGAUUGUCAUGAGUUCCUUUUCUCUUAUAAGCCAUACUGGCUGGACGGUUUGUGGGUAAAUGCAGAUAGUGAUCCAUUAUUAACAUGGUAGAAGAAGCGUUUCAGCACAAUUUUCUUCUGUACUGUAUAUGCAUCGUAAUUUUCUUUUCUAGUCCCACCUGCAUUAGUCUGUUACAGUGCUCACUGUAGGCCUGUGUGUUGCUAGUGAAGUGGUCAAUCAACAGAUGGUAAUAUAUUCCACUUUGCCAGCGUUAGUACCACAGUAGUCUUGAGUUUUGCACUCCUGUCCGGCUGCUUGUUUGUCUAGGUGUAUGAUGGACUGCUGGUCUCCCAUUCCCACAAAGCCUAGAUGGGCAGAGAGAAUAAACAAUGUGCAAGCUUCAUGCUGGAAGGCUUGCUGGAAGAAUGUGACGUUAGAAUGUGUCAAGGCUGAGUGAAGAUAUACCUCUAUGCACAUGAGCUUGUGUUACAUAAUUGUAAUAAAAGUCCAUCGCUCCUGCAUGUGAAAGGAUGUACUCGCCUCAGUUCAUUUAAGGAGCAUUUUAGGCACGUUCCUUUUCUUUACACUAAUUCUGUACUACAAGAACACUGGCUUGUAGUGUUUUUAAAGGGUACCAUGGCUCCAAAAAAAGCCAUGUAUAGGCCAUUUCACAGUUUUAAACACUGAUGUUCUAUAUAGGUCAAAUGUAGUCCCCUGUUCUACAGAAGACGAUUAGGGCCACAUGAAAAAUUUAUUGAGUUCUAAAAGUGAGUGUCUAAAGUGUAAAAACCAAAAAAAUUCUCUCUCACAAAAAAGCAACAACUCAUAAAUGUUUCACGUUGCCCUUGUGUUCUAACAUGGCCCUAAAGAAGGUUGAUUGGGCCAGAGGGAGCUCUGAAAUGAAAUAAUAAAUAAAUUAGAACUCUGCUGCUUUUUUGAGGUCAAGUUACAUUUAUUCUAAAGGAGUUUUCAGAUUGAAUGCAAAGUGAAUUUUAGAAGUGCUGCCAUUGCUUAUAAAAUCAAUUCAAAGACACAAGUGGAUGUAAAUUCACACUGGGCACCACAAAUUAAGGCAAAAUAGACCCUGCAAGUUAAAAUGUUUCAACAUGAGGGGGAAAAUACGCUUAUCCCAUAUCCAAUUCAUGAAGAUGGGGAGAUGAUAAAAAGUCGAGUCUUAAAAAAAUAAAGAAUGAACUGAACGUUACUAGUAAAUUUUGAAAUCAGAGUUGCUAGCCAUCUUACUGUGAACAUCUGUACAGUUAGUAAAGACGAAUGGACUAUUUGGAUACUUUAGCAGCUGUGUUCAGUCUCAACACACCUUAAGGUUGGCUUAAGUUUGAGUGCAUUGCCCUGCAAAAUUAAUAAUUUAAUUAGAAUUGCGGAUUAUUUAGGCUGUGGUAUAAGCAGGAUAAUAUUUUGCUAGCUGUCCAGUUCAUCAGAAAAUAACUGCACAGCUCAUUGUGCAUUGCUAAUGUUAAAAGUUGACAGAAGAGUGAACUUGGACCUAAACAGCAACAUAAUUCAGAGGAAAGAUUAUGGUUAUAGAUUAAAAACUGCCACAAAACUAAUGGAAUAAAACAGGGUUGUCUUUAUUUGUAAUGUACUUCUUCUCUGCGUUUCCCCCAGGAACAGGCAGGUUCAGCAUUUAGCUUGUUACUUUGCUUAUGUCCUUAACUGUAUGCAAUUUCAUAAGAGGAAUGUGACACGAUUCUUAGGUUAGCUGAAUGUACUGUAUAAUAAUGAACACUACCGCUUGGAGUUAGCAUACAUAGCCUCCUUUUGUUUUCCGUUCCCUUGUAUAUGAAUCAUUUUCUGCAUAGAUUGCAGUUAGCACAGUGCAGCGUACUGUGUGUCAGCUUCAUUGUGCUGUAAACGUUCAUACAGCUGCACCCCAUCACUCUACUGUUGUUCUAAGCAUUCAGUGUGUGCACAUUAACUAUAUACACUCUCUUGCCUACCAGUGUAUUAAAUAUACCAUGAGUACUUUCCAAGUAUGUGAAAAGCAUGCACUAGGUGAGGAACUGUAAACCUUUUUUAAACUUGAAGGUAUAGUCAAAGACAAUCCUUGGUGAAGUUGUAGCACGCAGUAGAACCACCGCUGCCCCAAAACAUAUUCCUAGCUCACAAAUAUAAAUCGUAUGUAACUUUACAAUAGAAGACACACAUUCGCAAACACACCAGGACCCUGCUCCUUCCAAUUAGACACAUUUUGCUCUCGGUUUCAAGGAACCCACUGGAUCUAUAAAUGUAUGUACUGCUUGUUUUAAACAGUAAAAUUGACUAAGUAUAUUUGACCCAAACUAGGGACUUAAAGUCAGGAUAUCUCUACCUCUGCUGCUUUGAUCUUGGCCCCUUUUAAAAAAAAAAAAAAAAAAUAAAAAAUUGCAUUUAAUGAAGUAUAACAAAUCACUGCAGUGCCACUUCAAUUGGCAGUGGCAUUCCAAAGUCAGUUUGUUUGACAUCUGUUAGUGCAAGUAAGAAAAUAUCAAUACACUUGAGUAUCGCAAUGUUUUGUUUUGGGAUGUUGUAUCAAUUCUUAAAAAUACUGUCAAUUUUUGUGUUUAAACACCCAAUCACUAGAUAGCAGUGUUGUAGCGGUUGUGAUAAAUCCAAAUGCAGAUCCCACUGUUCUGGUUGCAUAAAAAAGUUAACUUUUUUUAAAACUCAGCUUUUAAGCAUACAGUGGUGUGUUCUUUAUAAUGUUACUUUUUCUAAAAUAUAUAAUUUUUUUUUAAAUGGCGAUAUAUCACCUUGGUUAUAUAUUGAUUCGUAAAAUACUAUAUUGUGACAAUUCAUAUAUAGCACAUACUGUACUUCAAAUGUGUUCAUCGUAUGCAUUUGGGACAGCGCAGGUUUAAAACUUUUGGUGAGCUAGAGGGAGAUUCGGACAUUUGGGGGCGCUAUUGUGCACUAUAACAAAGUCAAGGAUUGUAUCUUUAAACUUCGUUCAUUAUUCUGCUGUGAAGCACUCACUCUCCUUUACUGUUAAAGAACAACAACAUUACAAACAAAAACACGGGUUACUCUAUAUUUGUAUAAUAAAGAAUACAUAUAUGCCUCUAUAAACAUAUAUAAAUGUAUCAGUCCGACCUGGAGGGGAUCUUUGUCUUUGAUAUGUCACAUUAAGUGAAACAAAAAAAACCUCCUGUCAACAUUUUACAACCAAAUAAUACUAUUUGUGUGUGUUUUCUUCACUUAUGUCCUGAUAGAUAGAUGGAUAGAUAGAUAGAUUCUAAAGCCUGUCUGACAAUACUACUGUGUUCAACAGAAGAAACCAAAUGUCACCUGCACUCAUGUCAGCCAUGUCAUCAUUUGACAUCUCCUAAUUAUUGUAUGUAUUUUUUUGCCAAAGCCCCCUUCCUCUCCAGUCCCCAUCUGUCAUGUGUUGAGCCAUGAUGAUGGAUGAUAGUGUAAUAAAUAAAAUCAUAAAGUGGUCUUUAUAUCUCAUGGUGGUCGACCUCGUCCACACUGCAAACAUAAACUAACCUGUAAAUAAACUUAGUUGUGUAAUGGCAUAACUUAAAGGUCCAGUGUGUAACAUUUAGCAGGAUCUAUUGUCAGAAAAUUGAAUAAAAUACUCAUAGGUAUGUUUUCAUUAGUGUUUCAUGCUUAAAAAAAAAAUUGUGUUUUUGUUACCAUAUGAGUUGUUUUUAUCUACAUCCUCUUUUGGCGGAAUCCGCCAUGUUGAACCACCAUGUUUCUACAGUAGUCCAGAAUGGACAAACCAAACACUGGCUGUAGAUAGGGCAUUUUUAUCUUUUUUUGCAAGUUUUGUGGCCACUGUAGUUUCUUCCACACACCUGGAAGUGUUAUUCAGUUGGUUGGUUGGUUCACUGCUAGAUGCCACUAAAUCUUACACACUGGUCCUUUUAAGGGAGAGGAAUAAUUAUGUUGAAUUUCAUUAUGGAGAAAGAUAUUUAUUUUAGUUUAGAAUAUUCUCCACUGUUUUUUUCUUUUUCUUUUUUGUCUUUAAUAUCUUGGUUUUGGUUGUAAGUUAAUUUGCAUGUUGAUUUUUUUUUCUUUUGUUUUGUUGCCCUUUUGAUUUUAGCAAAUUGUCUUUUUUUCUCUUUUUGAGUCUGUAUUUCUAUCUUUUUAAUGCCUUUUGACGAAAAGACAUGACGACAAAAGCAGAUCAAACCUGUUUCUCCUGCUUUCACACAAACGUGGAUGGAAUCGACCCAGCUGGUUGAAGCAGUAAUGUUUUGAUACACUGUACUGUUAACAGUCACAGAUAUGCUUUUUCUAACAUUUUAACAUUUAUGAUUACCAAUACUUUGUACAUCUUUAUUGCAAUAAAUAAAUCAAAUGAAAUCAGUAA